AUGGCCGCUGGCCGAGUGUCAGAGGUUUCUGACCUUGUGUCCUGGUUGAGCUUCGACCGCAUGGCACAGUUUGUCUUGGGCAAGUCAUUCAAAAUGCUUGUAGAUCCGGAAUGGCAUUGCAUGGUUCGAAUUCUGCAGAGGGCGCUGCGGAUUCUAGGACCCCUGAGUCCUACUCCCUGGGUCAUUCAGAUUGUUCUCAGACUCUUUCCUCGGGUCUCGAUUCUCAAGGACUGGUUUCGCAUGAUGGCCAUGUGCAAGAAUGAGUUGACAAAGAUCAAGGAACCCACCGAUUUCUCUCGGCUCCCUUCUCUCGGGUACUAUCUCAUGAAACCGGCGUGGAAUGACAGCGCCGAACAGGUGUGGUUGGCCGGAGACAGCCUCCUGGCCUUUGUCGCUGACAGUGAGCCCACAGCACGGGUUCUACUUGGCCUUUUCUACGAGCUGGCGAGAAACCCUGCCCAAGCGGAGAUCAUCUACCUCCAUAGUCCGCGUACUAGCGAAUGCCUUCCCGCCACUCUGGCCGAUCAGUGGACCCCUGCUCUUAAGAGCUUCUUUAAUUGUUGGUUCUUGGCACUUACAAGCUAA